AGACGACAGAGCCCAUGCUGCCUCUCUGGAGGUGGCGGACCCCUGUCACCAGCCCGAACGGGCCUUCAUCAUAUUCGAGGAGCCAGAGGUCAGAGGUGUAGGUUUCAUCUGGAAGUUGGUGGAGUCAUAAACUUGGAAGACUGUCUGAGGGUCCUCCGCUUUAAUAUUUAACAGUGAAAACACCGAAGAUGGAUUUCCCAGUGGAGGCAACAGUACAUCUGAAUCAGUUCCAAGAUAGGAACGAAGUGCUAAAAAUCCUCAGGUCACAUGGCUUUGAGCUGGAGGAUCUAGGAGGAGGUCAGGUGCGUGUAAACGGUUAUUUUUCUAAGCUCAGAGAUACAAAGGCUAAAAUGGAUCAGCUUCUCAGUUCACAAACCAGGAUGUCGCCAAACACAUUCUCACCAGUCCCAACUGCGUACUCUGGAGCUGUUCCCAAAAACUACAGUCGCAGAGACAAGGCUCCACAUGCUUCACCAUCUUCACCCACCUCCUCCUCCUCACCAGCACCAGGCUCUUCACAUAGUCGUCCAGCCUCUUCCCUUGACUGGCGCGAUUCCCUCAGGCGUGAUGCCUCCUUUGUCAUUGAUGCAGAUGUGUUCAUGUAUGCUGACCAGUUCAAGAAGAAAGACAUUAACACCAUCCGGACCAGCCAUGGUGUUGAAAUUAAACAGCAGGAACGUGGUGAUAUGUUCAACGUCACUUUAAUGGGGAGGAACUCAAACGCAGCCAUGGGCAAACUACAGAGCCUCAUGGAUGAUCUCAGCCAAUCACUACGCACGCAGGAAGUUCCUCUGAAGGACAUGAAUCCUGACGGCAGAGUGCUUUUAGGGAAAAUUCAGCAAAACGGGAACAUCGACGGCUCAGUGCUGGUGUGCCACAUGACAGACAGACUCCACCUCAUUGGCUCAUCUAGAGAGAGCUACGAGUUAAAGCAAAGGCUGCUGGGACGCACAGGAAGGACCUCAGCUAGAAGCUCCAGGGGAAGGAGCAGCUCUGCUCCACCAAUCAAUCGCAAAAGCACAGAAACAGCUGCCCACCCCAAUCCAUCGCCUGGAGGGGCCACAGGUUACUCCCCAUCGAAGUACCAGGAUGAUAAACGGGAAGACGCUGCGACCGGGUGGGGAGCUGCUGCUGCUGCCCAGAGCCGGGGAAGAAGCUGGUCUCUGUCCCGUGGGAAUAAAGACGCAAACAGGGUUGAUGGCAACACGCGAGAGAAAGAAAGUAAAGCGCCAGCUCAGAGAUCACCCAAAAAAGUUUUGAUGAAUAUUCCUAAAGAUAUAAAGGAUGUGUUCAAAAAGCGGAACGCAAAAAAGAAAUGAGAGAAAAUCUCCGUUAAUGACACAAAACAGAGCCCUGCUGCUUCCCCUGUAUGUGUGUAACUAAGUGUCCAAAUUCAUGUUAGAUUUCUUACUGAGUACCUGCUGUGAUGUUAUACCCUAAAGCCCAACUGAUACUGAAACGUGUUCGGCUUGUGGGGAAAUGCACUUUUAUUACUUUAAAUUUAAAAGAGUUAGAAAAAGGUUUGAUAGACUGUCAGAAUGACGCUGCAGCAGCUAAACACUGGAAAAAGGGGGGACAGCCUGGCAGUUUCCACCUUUCAGCAUCAAACUUCACUUUUAAUAAAAGUAAAAUGUUGUCAACAUAAAGCAUGAGCUUAUGCACCUCCUCCACUGGCAAAAACACCCAGGAAUCAGUUUCCUUCCUUAUAAUUACAGAAACAACAGAGGAAACUGACGCAGCCUUCUUCCCCUUUCAGUGUGUCUGAUCGGCUGUUCCUGGGUCAUUGUUUGGGUACACUGAUCAUUGGGUGGCUCAGAAAUAGCCCCGUCCCACCAGGUGAAAUGUCUGGAACAGGAGACUGUCCAGCAUCUUAUAUUAUCUGAGGAGUUUCAGCUCUGAAUGAUCCCUACUUUCAGUUUUAAAAUCAACUAAAUAAAUCAAUAAAAUCAAGUCUUCUGAGCAAGAGUUCAAAAUCCAAAAUAUUUGAAUUAAAUUCUGUUUAAAUAAGACAAAUAAGUAGUUUUUUUCAUGUUUGAGGAGUUAAAAAUAAAAGCACAUUUUAUUUAGUGUAAAGGUGGCCUGACGGUGAGAAAUCAGUUAAACAGUUACUUGUUAUAUCGCUGCUCUUUUCACGAGGCGACCGUGUAAUCUGUCAGUCUGUCGGUCGACGGUCUGAUCGGAUCUAAUUAUCCUCUGAUGACCUUUGACACUUAUUUCUGCAGCUCAGACUUUGGUAUAUUUUCCAAACUGCUCGAUGAGUGUGUGAAGAUUUCUACCUUAAACUCAUCUCUGAUGUUCUUUUAGACAGGUGAAGGUUGCUGUUUUGUUGUGCAAUAUCCUGAUUUUGGUUCUGACUCUGCACUCUUCAAAUGCCUUAAAAUUAUUUUAUAAUAAUAAGCUUCACAUAAUGAGAUUAAUUUGGAGACAAAGCUAGAGAAGCAAGGCUAAGAUGGUUUGGAUGUGCAGAGGAGGGAGAGUGGAUAUUCUGGGCAAAGGAUGUUAGAUAAGGAGCUGCCAGGCAGGAGGAAGAGGAAGACCACAAACGAAGGUCAUGGAUGUAGUGAUGGAGGAGAUGCAGAGGGUUGGUGUGAUUAUCUGCUGUGGUGAUAAUCACACCAACGAAUCAGAGCAGCUAAACGAAUCAGAAGAGAUUAACUGAAGAGGGCACUACGUAGUUAAUAGUAAAUGAAAUGUUUUUUCCAUUGUGAUGUGAACACAGUUUGCGAAUCACUUCUAGACUGACAUUUUGUAACCAUGUUUUUGAUGGCUGCUGUCACUGUCUGGCAUCUUUCCACAUCAGUGUGUUCAUCGG